AUGUUCCCAUAUGGUGACCAAUCACCGCCACUACGACAUGCAGGAAUCGCAGAUCAUCUAGCAAAAAGAGCACAGCUGUCUCCCUCAGCGUUGGAAGACUUCACAGAGCCAGAGCCGAUUGUCGAGCAUCUUUUAGACUUGUUCUGGACGUACCAGGCGUCACAUGUCCUUGUCGUUGACCGUCACAUAUUUCUGCGCCAUCGCAGACUUGCGCGGGAAAGUGAUGGGAUCGGGGACCGGAAGUUUUAUACCCCAUGUUUACUUUAUUCCAUAUUGGCCUUGGCGUCCUUGAUCAGUACAGAUAAAGGUGUUAGGCGAUACUCGACACCGCCAGAAGGCAUUGCUGGAGAUUGGUUCAACCAGCGAGCAAGGAUCUUGUUCGAGGCGGAAAUGGAAGUGCCCACGGUAACAACGGUCCAGGCGGCCAUCCUUAUAGGCUCUCGAUAUGGCACCUUUGUGGACAGUUCUCUUGGGUGGACCUUUAGUGGGAUUGCUUUCCGCAUGGCCACCAAGUUGGGUCUUCAGCUCGACUGCUCCAGGGUGGUUGCUAUGGGAGAAAUGUCGGAGGAGGAAGCACAAAAUCGAUCAGUGACAUUUUGGGGUUCAUACGUGGAAGAUAGACUUUUCAGUGCGUAUCGCCAACGACCCAUGAUGCUGAUGGACUGGGAUAUCACCAUUGCACGGCCCAGAGCUCAAGCUCAGGCAAAUCCGCACAUGUCACCUAAUUAUCUACCUUUCACCGUUUUACUGAACAGGCUAUGCGGAGAAACCCUCCUAGGCCUCUAUGGGCAACGACACUACAACAGCCAGAAUGGCGGACUGAACAAGAUUGCGUCAAACAUACACAGGCAACUCUGUGAAUGGCAACAGAAUCUUCCGACUGAUCUUUCAUGGCCUGCCAUUGGGAGCAUGGCUCCGACAGCACCUUCCGUGCUGGUAUUGCACAUGCAUUUUUACUACAAUCUAAUUCUCCUCCACCGCCCAUUCCUCGAAUUCUCAAAAGUCCUACGCGAGAUCUCACAAGGUCCAAACGCCCUCACCACCUCAACAACAACCUGUGCAAUUGCAGCAGCUAAUAUCGUCCGACUCGUCCACGACUAUCGCGAGCACUACAACAUAAGACAGAUAUCCCCCAAUGCCGUCCACAUCACGUUCAUCGCGGCUACAAUCCACCUCAUUAACUUCCGUUUGACAAAUACUGAUUCGCACGACCAUUUGUUACAUGGCUGCGUCAUCGCACUUUCGGAGCUGCAGGACUCGUAUCCUAUGGCGCGGAGGGCCCUUGAGAUCCUUCACACACUCAUAGAUCGUUUUGGGCCGUUGGAUAGCGGCCAGCCCGGGCAAGAUGCAUCUAUUGCCAAUCAAAAUCCACAAAGCGAGAAAUGUAGCAGAGGUACUCCUUCACCAACAGUGACAAACAACCAGCAAACAGAUUCCCUGCUCCCUUCGUACCCCUGGGCAUUGGAUUCCCUCCUAGAUGACUGGAGUGAGCCCCUCGAGGUCCCAUCGCUGAUGGACUUCGAUUGCCUCCCUGGUACCAGCGGGGCGAUGGAAGAGACUAUUCAGGAUUACGAAAGGUUUGCACCAAAUGCUCAGUCUAGUGGCAGUGCACCCAUAGCCGGGUUCAAUGACCCUGGCUUUCCGCUAUUAGGCAUGGACCUGGAUAUCAGUGGAGUCCUUGAGAUGGAGAAUCGGGGCUUGUUCGAUGUAUUUUAUGGAAGGACAUAUGGAUUGGGCUAG